UGCGUCGACCGAAGAGAUGGAGGGAGAGCUGGCCGGCGGCGAGCUCGCGUAAACCGGAGAGGAGGACAGCAGAUGAAGAGAGAUAACCAUGUUUGAUCCUGAAUAGAAAAACAUCUUCAUAGCAAAGCCAGGAUCGUCUCAGACCUCACCAGCGUCAUGAAACCAGUCCUGUAUUGAGCCUCUCCUCGGUGGGUUGGCAUGGCCCAGUGAUGAACGGAGCGGUGGUGCCCGGUAGCCCAGAGCUCUCUUCCUCGUGCCCACUGCCUGACUGGCGAGAGUUCUGUGAGCUCCAUGCUCAAGCCUCAGCUGCAGACUUUGCUGACAAGUUCCAGCGGUUCCUGUCUGAGAACCCGUGCUACGACUCGCCUGGUGCUGAUGCCAGCUUCUCACAGCACUUUGCCCACCAUUUCUUGGGGUGCUUCUCUACAGCGCUGACCCAGGCCCGGGAGAACCAGGCAUCCUCACCGGGGGAGGACGGCUCCAGUGCAGCACCAAAGUACAGCAUCGUUCCUUUCCUGGGAAUCCAGGGCUGCCCACUGUCCUACGGCCACGACCUCUACCAGAGACGCAAGGACGCCGGGGCUUCAAGUGAAUCCCUGGACAGUAUGGACAGCGGAGGGGGAGGGAUAGAUGGGGGAGGCAGUGGCACUGCCGCCUCUCGAGGCCCCCAGCCGGCCCACAAGGUGUCUGCUCUGGGACAGUCCCGCAGUUCAGAGGAUGUGUCUGUAAGUCAUCCCAAAGCUCGCUUCAAGAAGGGCUUCUCCCUAAGGAACAUGAGCUUGUGUGUGGUGGACGGCGUGAAGGAGAUGUGGCACCGACGGGCCUCCCCUGAACCUGAUGCUCCCCCCGGGGCCAGGAGAGCUAACGGGGCAGGAGGAGGAGGGGAGGCAGCAGGGGGAGAGAGGUGGUCCCAAAAGCUGCGCCUUCCCAGGGGUUCCCAGGGCCACAAGGCUGAACUGCUGGAAAUCCAGAGAGAGGGAGCGCUGAGGUACAUGGUGGCCGAUGACACAAACUGUAUGGGUGCUGCACAGUGGCAGAAAUGCCGCCUGCUGCUGAGGAAGACCAAGAGGGAGGAAGGAGGGGAGAGAUUCCUGCUGGAAUUCUACGUACCACCCAAGUCCUCAAAACCCAAGGUGAGCAUUCCUUUAUCAGCCAUCGUGGAGGUGAGGACCACCAUGCCGCUUGAGAUGCCAGACAAGGACAACACUUUUGUUCUUAAGGUGGAAAACGGGGGUGAGUACAUCCUGGAAACCAUCGACUCGCUGCAGAAAAACUCCUGGGUUGCUGACAUCCAGGACUGCUUAGACCCUGGUGACAGCGGUGAUGACAUCGAGUUGGCGUCAUGUCCUCAUGGUCAGGCCUCCAAAGAUUGCUCCAUGGUGGCCUCUUGCAGCUGUGAGCUGCUGUCUGAGGGUGUGCACCGUGCUCCAGAGAGGUCAUGUUCUACAGCAGCAGAACAUUACAGUGCCCCCUCAGUGCGUUGCAGGGAACCCCCAUUCACCCAGCACCCAUCGCACAUGCCUUUAGAGCGUUUCCUCCAGUCCCCGGAGGCCCAGGGCUCCAACACUGCAUCAGGUGGCAGUGAAGGUGCGAAAGACUCAGAUGGCGAUGCCAGCCUGGCGGGUUACCCAUGGUUCCAUGGCACACUGUCCCGUGUGCGUGCUGCUCAGCUGGUGCUUGCAGGGGGGGCCAGGAGCCAUGGGCUCUUUGUGAUUCGCCAGAGCGAAACGCGGCCGGGCGAGUACGUCCUGACCUUCAACUUCCAGGGCAAAGCCAAGCAUUUGCGUUUGUCGGUGAAUGAGAACGGGCAGUGCCACGUCCACCACUUGUGGUUCCACACCGUGUCGGACAUGUUGAGACACUUCCAUGCCCACCCCAUCCCCCUCGAAUCUGGAGGUUCAGCUGACAUCACAUUACGCUCCUAUGUACAAGUGCAGAGAAGCUCUACCACAGAUGUGACUGUGCCCCCAGUCCUCACUCCACCCAGAGAUGCAGGCUGCCGGACAGAUUCAGCUCAGCCAGCUCUCCACCCCCCUGGGAUCACAGCCUCUGCAGGGCCUCCUCCUGAUACCCCCCUCUCCUCAAGCACCUCCUCUUCACCCACUGCCCUCCCUUCCCUCUCUCGCAGUGACCCAGGCACUGGAGGAGGGUUACAGAGUCGGAGCAACAGCUCUGAACGCCUGCUGGAGGCCUCUAGUGGUGCAUCUGAGGACUACCAUGAUGCUGAUGGGACUCGCAGGGCCCGAGCAGUAGAGAACCAGUACUCUUUCUACUAA